AUGUUAACAACCAUGAUUUUGGUUCCUAGGCAACCUUUAUUAGUCCUAAAGAAGCAUAGUUUGAUCAAUAAUCAUUUCCAUGCAAAGAAAUUGAUUAUUAGGAAUGAAAGAACUUCAUCAUUUAAUUAUAAAAGCACAGUUAAUCUUCCUCUUAAUGAGUUGCCAGGGGCUUCCUUUGAUCAAUAUAUGGAUGACAAACUCAGAGUAGUCAAAGCAGUAUUUCCUGACAAAGGAACCACUAAACAACUCAAUGAGGAAGAAUGGAGAAUAAAAAUGCCUCCUAUUCAAUGCAUAUUCUUUAGUGUUCAACCAAUAGCAGAUGUAAGGUUAAGAUUUAAGUCUAAUGGAGAAGAUUAUCCACCUCACAUUCCUCAUCACAUUAGCCAAAUUCUUGAGCUUCAAUUUAUAAAAUGGGAGCUACAAGGACUCAAUACUUUUUACAAUGUUGAUGAUCCUUUCCACUUCAGCUUAGAUGUAAAUGGUUCUAUGUAUCCAGAAAGGAGGGGAAAACAUAGUUGGCUCAAGAAUCAAAUUGAGAUGAAGAUAAACUUUGUUGUUUCUCCAGCAAUGAUUUUUGUUCCUGAUCAUGUCUUACAAGAUGCAGUAGAGUUGGUUUUCAAAACAAUCUGGAAUAAUAUGAAGCAAGAAUUUCAUGGUAGAUUAUUGGCAGAUUAUAAUAAUUUCAAGAGGUGCAAAUUCAAGAAGAAUUCAGUCUGAACUCGGAACAUAUUGUUCAUAUUCCUUUUGUUUCACAACUUUGACAUCUAUUGCUGAGGGAAAUAUUAUUUCCAACCAAUUUGAAUCAAUGACAAUAAAUUAGUUCAGAUUAA